AUGGCUUCUCAAACACACACUCUUCCUCCUCUCCCUUACGCCUACGAUGCGUUGGAGCCCGUCAUCUCCAAGCAGAUAAUGGAGCUGCACCAUCAGAAGCACCACCAAACAUACAUCAACAAUCUGAACGCAGCACUCUCCGCCCAAGCUUCUGCAACAGCAUCAAAUGACGUCCCCACCUUGAUUUCAUUGCAACAAAAGCUCCGCUUCAACGGUGCCAUCGUCUCCCGCUGGGGCUCGCAUGAAGCCUUCGUCAAGGCUUUUGGCGCCGAGCUGCUCGGUCUUCAGGGAAGUGGCUGGGGAUGGCUUGUGAGCAAGGGUGGUGCCAAGGGACGACUUGAGAUCGUUACGACUAAGGACCAGGACCCUGUUAAUGCACCUGAUGUGCCUGUCUUCGGUGUGGAUAUGUGGGAGCAUGCCUACUACCUCCAGUACCUUAACAACAAGGCUGGCUAUGUUGAGGGGAUUUGGAAGAUCAUUCACUGGGCUGAAGCUGAGAAGCGUUACACCGCUGGUGUUGAGAACCCGCUGAAGCUGUGA